AUGAUUAAAGAAUUAUUUCCAGUCAUAGGUGACAGGGCAAUAUUUACAAAAAAUUUAGAAAAUUGGGUGAAAUUGGCACAAUCACAACAGACAGAUAAAGAAAACCUUCUUCUGGAUUUGGAUACUACUAGAGAAGUCAAUAUAGAUGUCUUAUCAGAUAAACACCGUGAUCCAUUUAGUAGCAUUUCUAAUAUAGAAAUGUUUCAACUUGACAAUGAAAAUAAAACAUGUGAGAGCAUAGUGUUGACUUCAUCACCUAUUGCAUCAACAAGCAAAGAUGACAGCCUGUGGGAUCUACAGAAUAGUUGUACAAUUGAGUCUACAGUAAAUCACAGGACAGAAGUCUUCCAAUGCAAGAAACUAUUGGAUAUCCUUCAAUCUAGUGUAGAUGGUAGACUCUUACUAAGUUUGCAUCAAGAAGAUGGGUUGCUGAACAGUAGCUCACGCAGGAAGCUAUGCAAUAUUAUAAUUAAAUAUUUACUUGGAGACGACCCAAAAAUGGCAACAAUUCCUAGUGCAAUUUUAUGUGACAUGGCUUUCCAAAUCAAGGAAAUUUUUAAAAAAGAAAACAUUAGCACAUACUUCAUACCCUACAUUAAUAAUAAAAAAUUAAAUAUUAAAAGAUGUGCUAAAGGAAAAUUAUAUGAUUGUCUUCAUAAUAGAAAGCGUGAAUAUCGUUUAGCUCAGAAGAAGUUAAGUAGUAGCUUCACAUCAACAGAUGCUGCAUCAAAUGAAGGUGGUAAAAGGGUUGAAACAUUGGAUGUGUCAGAUGAUGUAGCUUGGAUAAAAAGUUCAACUGAACCAUGGAAAAUACUGGAAUUAAAAUGGAAAAAUACUAUAAAUUUUAGGCAAGAGGAAGCCAAAAAGUUAACUAUUUCCCAAUACAUGGCACUGUAUCCUGGUUUAAAAAAGCCUACAGGGUAUCACCUACUGUGUAUCGAUUUUGAUGCACUAUAUCCUGAUGCGAAAGAUAAUUUAUACAAGUACUUUGUGCUGUCCAAAAAAGCAAUUUUUGAAUUAGCAAACAAGAAAUACAUUACAAAUAAAGGCAUGCAAGAAACAAUAAUGUCCAUUACUAAUGUUUUAGAAGAACAAAAUCAAGAAGGCAGUUCAGAAGAAGUAGAAAAUAUAUCGGCAUUCAUGUUAUUGCCACUGUUAGCCGGUCUACCGAUACAAAAAAAAUCUAAGAAAAAUUGCUGGCGGCCAUCGCGUCAGGAAUGUCAAGAUGGGUUCAUUACACAUGUAUCGAGACAAAUGGACUUACAAGAAACAAUCAAGAAAAGAAAUGAGAAGUAUUUUAACUAUGAAAAAGAUAGAAAUACUAUGAUGCAUAAUUUAAGUGACAAUUAUGUUUCUCUUAAUAGUUUGAAUUCCUUAAAUACCAUUCAAAAUGCAAGUUAUCAUGGCUUACCAACGGUUAUAGAAACAUCCUCUGCACAAUCUGAGACAGAUUCAACAGAUUCUUUAGUAAAAUUUACAGCUGCUUUAUACGGUAAUACUUUGAUCCCCAGAAACGUAGUUCAAUUCGUUAUAUCAAAUGUGACCAAUAUGGUUUCAAAUUCUGUAAUUAAACCCUUACAAGAAAUUUUAUCCGAAUUUCAGGUCCAAUCUCAAGGACAAAUGUCUAUUGAAAUCUCAGAACGUUUACGUAGCCAUUUAAAUGCAUUUAGUAAUUCUAUGAAUGAUGUACGAACAGAACAUACACGUUUCUUGCUUUUUAAAAAUCUAGGUACAUACAUAGAGCCCACAGAAUAUAUUAUUGGUCAAAGAAUUGAAGGCAGUCAUGCUAAUAAUAAUUUUAGAUUAAAUCCGAUUCCAGCUACAGGACAAAGCAUUUCUGUUCGACUAGUUUUGAAAAGAUUUUUUGAGUUAAACAAUAAUAUGUUUAAAGAGACUAUUCAAUGCUAUAAUGAAUAUUUAGCUUCAUCUAACAGUGAUAUCAUACAAAACAUAGUGCAAGGCUCUGUAUGGCAAAAUAAACUUAACUCUUUUAAUGGAAAAAUUGUUUUACCUCUUGCCCUAUACUUUGACGACUAUGAAUUGGAUAAUCCUUUAGGCAGCCAUGCUGGUGUUCAUAAAUUAGGUGCCGUAUAUAUAUCGGUUCUUUGUCUCCCACCCAAAUAUUUGUCUAAAUUACGAAAUAUUUUUCUGGCAUUACUUUUUCAUUCUUCUGACCGUCAAAAGUUUGGAAAUAGACUGACUUUUGCACCAGUUAUUUCGGAGCUAAAUUUUUUAAGUCAGCACGGUAUCGAGCUAAAUUUUCCUAAUGAGCUUCCUCUUAAGGUGUAUUUUGAAUUAGCUGUUAUUUUAGGUGACAAUUUAGGUAUUCAUAGCUUAAUUGGGUUUAGUGAAUCUUUUUCUGGAAACUUUCCUUGUCGUAUUUGUAAAAUACAUAAAAAAAACCUUAAGUAUGCUCAUGAAUGUGAUCACGAGUUGUAUCGAACGAUGGAGCAGUAUUUGACGGAUUUAGAUAUUAGAGAUGUUACAACAACUGGUAUCAAAGAGGAAUGCGUAUGGCAUGACGUCGACGGGUUUAGUGUCAUCGAUAAUGUAGGAGUAGAUAUUAUGCAUGAUUUAUUAGAAGGCGUAUGUAAAUAUGAUUUAUCUUUUUUAUUGCAUACAUACAUAUUUGAAUUGAAAUUAUUUACAAUAGAAACUUUGAACAACAGGUUGAUAUCCUUUGAUUAUGGACCUGACCGCGAUAAUCAACCCCCAUGCGUGCUACCAGAUCAUAUCCGUAAACAGGCUAUCAAAAUGUCGGCUUCAGAAAUGCUUUGUUUUGUAAGAUAUUUUGGAUUGCUGUUAGGUGAUUUGAUUCCCUCGGACGAUCCUCUUUGGGAACUUUAUUUAUGUCUAAGAAAAAUAUUUGAUAUUGUAACUUCAACACAUUUGCAAAGAGGCAUGUUUGAUUUACUCCAAUGUUUAGUAUCUGAGCAUCAUAAAUUAUAUAUAUUUCUUAGUAAAAAGUCAUUAACACCAAAGUUUCACUUCUUAACACAUUAUCAAUGUAUGUUAAAAAAAUUUGGUCCAUUGGUAUCAAUCUGGUCUAUGAGAUUUGAAGCCAAACAUCGUAUAUCAAAACUGUCGGCUAAUGUAUCUAGCAAUAGACGUAACAUUUGCAAAUCUUUAGCUAUUAGACACCAAUUGAAGUUAAAUGACUCAUUUCUUAACGAUAAUAAUGUGGGCAAAGAGUAUGGCCACAAAAAGCUGGUGUCUCAUAAAGUUAGACAAAAAAUUAUAAAUUGUUUAAAUUUAAACGAUGUGUCUAUUGAAAAGUGUAAUUGGUUAAUUAUUAAUGGGACAAAGUAUAGGUCUAAUGUAAUGUUAACUUUAGACGUAGUUGAUGGAAUGCCUAAGUUUGGUUUAAUUGAGAACAUUUUUGUACACAUUGAUGACAUAAUUUUUGAAGUUGGAUCACCUGAGCCACCUGCAGCUUCAACAGUAGGCCUUCUGCCAGAAACUGUGUCACCCACACAAAUCGAAGUUGUCCAAGUUGAGAGCAUUAUUCAAGAGUGGAGCGGGCCUGCUGAAGGUCAAUCCACAAGCUUCAAAGUUGUGGAAGCUAGUGCCACUUCCCCCACGCCACACCAUGCACAAAGUCCUCAGCGGCACUCUGGAUCGCGGCGCGCGAUCCGUGAGCGCCGCCGCUUGCUCAAUUCACCGACACCAGCGCCCCCGCAUAGUGCUCGCCGUACUCCUCGGAGGCACUAUAAUGCUACUGAGCAUUUUUUUAUAGUGACGAGCACUGGAGGAAUUUGGCGACAGAGUUUGUCACUGAGCACG